GUGAGAGAGAGAGAGAGAGAGAGAGAGAGAGAGAGAGUGUGAAAGAGAGAGAGAGACAGUAAGUCAGAGAGAAGGAAGUCCAACACUCCACAGUGUGUCAGCUGUUGGUUCAGGGAGGCAGAGCACCUCAGCCUGAGCAGUCUCAGAAGAGACAAGUGAGACAGCAGCUGGUUGCAUGUAUUGCAGUGGGGUGGAGCAGCCCUCAUCUCUACCGGGAAGCCACACAAUGAAGAGACACAUCUCCAACGCUCUCUCGGACUUCUUCUUCGAGUACGAGACCCCCCGGCAGGUGCUGGUGAGGAACAGGAGGGUGGGGGUCGUGUGUCGCCUGAUCCAGCUGGGGGUCCUAGCUUACAUCAUCGGGUGGGUGUUCAUCUAUGAGAAAGGCUACCAGUCCAUAGACAAAGCUGUGGGCUCCACUUUCACCAAGAUGAAGGGAGUGGGCUACACCAACGUGUCCGGACACGAGAGGAUCUGGGACGUGGCCGACUAUGUUUUCCCUGAGCAGGGAGAUUCUUCUUUUGUUGUGAUGACAAACUUCAUUGUAACAGAGGGUCAGCAGAUGGGGAAAUGUCCAGAGCUCCCUGACAAGAACCUUUGCAGUUCAGACCGUGAUUGUGAAGAAGGGGAAUACAAACAUACGGGAAACGGCCACAUGACAGGGAAGUGUGUGAACUCCACAAGGACCUGUGAGGUGCUGGCCUGGUGUCCCGUAGAAGACGACCGCACAAUACCCGAUCCCCCGCUCUUGAUAUCAGCAGAAAACCACACUCUGUUCAUCAAGAACUCAGUCACCUUUCCGCAUUUCCGCGUUUCAAGGAGCAACCUGGUGGAGGAGGUGGACAGCAAAUACAUCGGCAACUGCUCCUACAACCCAGUUGAUCACCCUCUCUGCCCCAUAUUCAAGCUGGGAGACAUAGUCAACCUAUCAGGCUUCGACUUUUCUACCCUAGCCAAAGUGGGAGGGGCCAUUGGCAUUGUGAUAGACUGGACGUGUAACCUGGAUUUGGACCGGAGCAAAUGCCGGCCCAGUUACACCUUCCACGGUCUCUAUGGAAACCCUGCUGAGACGGACAAGGCCAGAACUUCUGUUGGCUACAAUUUCAGGUUUGCAAAGCAUUAUGUGGAGGGAGGAGUGAAAAAAAGAACUCUUUAUAAAGUGUUUGGGAUUCGAAUGGACAUCAUUGUUAGGUCAGUGGCAAGAAAAUUUGAUAUAAUUCCAACACUUACAGCUAUUGGCUCUGGAGUAGGCAUCUUCGGAGUGGCAACUGUGGUGUGUGAUCUGGUGCUACUGAAUGUACUAUCCAAGAGAAAAUACUACAAGAACAUGAAAUUCAAAAACACAGGCACUGGGGAACAGGAGGCAGAUCAGGACGAGUGCAUGACCGAGAACGAGGGAUCGAAGGAGUGAGUGGAUCAUGGGGAAACUCCUGGGCCCAGCUGUAUUACAGCAGCCACUGCACUGAGUAGAGGACACUGGGAUUGGAAAGGAUGUUGUACACUUCUCAAUGUCAUAAAUUGUCAUCCGUUUCAGCCUAUAGAGGCUGGAAGUGAAGGGAUGUUUUCUGUCUGAGAAACAUGGAUUGCUACACUCACCCUUGGGCACUAUCCCCCCCCCUUCCUCCAACUGGACUCCUACCUGUCUUUCCAAGUGGCAUGUGGCUGCGGCAAUGUUUUGUUCGUUACCUGUUUACCUGUUACCUGACGUUACCUGUUUGUUACCUCAGAAAAUGAUGUGUUCUACUUCCACUACACUGUAAAUAUGUUGUUUAGGAUGGACUUGAACUCCAGUGUGAAUGAUCCUGCCAACUCCAGCAGGUUAGACCUUCUCACAGUGGACUCUAACCCUAGCUUGUUAGCCUUGCAGUUUAACAUCAUCACCUUUGACAGUUUGCGAUUGUAAUGAAUCCAGUAAAACAUGUAGAGUUCUUCAUCUGUCAAUCCCUUUCUGCCUUCUGUGCUUGUUUGGUCCACCUGGUGAAACUGUCUUGAUGUCAAAGUUGUAGGGCUCUACAUUAAAUUGGACUCAUUCUGAAGUCAUUCUCAUA